AUGAUCGAAUUUGGGCGAGAAGUGCUUGAAAAUAUUGAAGAAGAUGAAAAAUAUCGUGAAAUAGUAAAACAUCAAGCUUGUAUUGGGGUUUCUAUAAUAUUUACUUGCAAAAGAUUACUUUGGGUUAUCAAAGAUAAAGGUGAAUCUUGGACUAGUCAAUACUUUCGUGAUAUAAUUUUGACUCAAAACAUAUUUCCUGUCUUAAACAAUGAAGAAAAUGUUGUUGAUCCUAAUGAAGUUAUAUUUGUUCAUGAUAAAGCAUCAUGUAUGCGAGCAUAUAGAACCCGACAUUUGCUUCAAGACAACAAUGUUAAGUUUUGGGGUUAUGAUAUCUGA